GGAACAUUGAAGCGUUCUGUCAGAGCGCAGGUGCGAGCCAGUUGCAAUAAAUAGGCCACCCGGGGCGGAGCAGCCCAGUGUUCCGUGUGCGCCACCACCGGUCGAGCUCUAUCUUUGGAGUGAGCUCGUCGAGCCGAGCAGCCGCUGGAGGGGAGGGCAUGGGCACCGAGGCCGGGGCGCGGCUGGGCGAGACGGUGCGCGAGCUGCGGGAGGCCUACGAGGGCGGCAGGACCCGGAGCCUGGCGUGGCGGCAGUCCCAGCUCCGUGGCCUCCUCCGGCUGCUCAAGGAGAAGGAGGUGGAGGCGUUCCAGGCGCUCCACAAGGACCUCGGCAAGCACCACGCCGAGGCGUACAGGGACGAGGUCGGGCUGCUCAACAAGUCCGCCAACGGCGCGCUGCAGCAGCUCGGCAAAUGGACGGCUCCGGAGAGGGUGUGGGUGCCGCUAGUCGCGUGGCCGGCGACCGCGCAGCUGGUGCCGGAGCCGCUCGGGGUCGUCCUCAUCUUCUCCUGCUGGAACGUCCCAUUGGGCCUGUCGCUGGAGCCGCUGAUCGGGGCCAUCGCGGCCGGGAACGCCGUGGCGCUGAAGCCGUCGGAGCUCUCGCCGUGCACCGCCAAGUUCCUCGCCGAUAACAUCGGCAGGUACGUGGACCCCUCGGCGGUGAAGGUCGUCCAGGGUGGCCCCGAGGUCGGGGAGCAGCUCAUGGAGCACCGCUGGGACAAGGUCCUCUUCACCGGGAGCCCGCGCAUCGCGCGCUCCGUGAUGGCGGCGGCAUCGAGGCACCUGACGCCCGUGGCGCUGGAGCUGGGUGGCAAGUGCCCCUGCAUCUUCGACGCGAUGCCCGGCGGGCGGGACCUGCAGGUCUCGGUGAACCGCAUCAUCGGCGGCAAGUGGUCGUCCUGCGCCGGCCAGGCCUGCAUCGCCAUCGACUACGUGCUCGUCGAGGAGCGCUUCGCGCCCGUCCUGAUCAAGAUGCUCAAGUCGACGCUCAAGAGGUUUUUCCAGGAGGCGGACCACAUGGCGCGGAUCGUCAACGAGCGCAACUUCGAGAGGCUGAGCAGCCUUCUCAAGGACAGGGCCGUGGCGCCGUCCAUCCUGCACGGCGGCUCCAUGGACGCCAAGAACUUGUACAUUGAGCCCACGAUACUGCUGAACCCACCGCUGGACUCCGCAAUCAUGACCGAGGAGAUAUUCGGCCCCCUGCUCCCCAUCAUCACGGUGAAGAAGAUCGAGGACAGCAUCGCGUUCGUGAAGGCAAGGCCGAAGCCGCUCGCCAUCUACGCCUUCACCCGGGACGCGGCGCUGCGGCGCCGGAUCGUGGACGAGACGUCGUCCGGGACCGUCACCUUCAACGACGCCGUGGUGCAGUACGCGAUCGACGGGUUGCCCUUCGGCGGCGUGGGGCAGAGCGGGUUCGGGCAGUACCACGGCAAGUACUCGUUCGAGAUGUUCAGCCACAAGAAGGCGAUCAUGAAGCGGGGCUACCUCAUCGAGCUCGCGCUCAGGUACCCGCCGUGGGACGAGAGGAAGGUCACCCUCAUGCGCCACCUCUACCGCUUCAACUACUUCGCCUUCGUGCUCUCCUUCCUCGGCCUCAGGAGAUGAGCUCGAUUCCAUUAUCAGCCCGAUAAAUUGAACAGGGAUUGGAGCCAAUAAACUGAUGGUGAAUGAAGGAAUAUAAGCGAAUAAAGAAUAGUAGUAUGCAGUAAUUAUGUUAUUGUGAGAGCAAAGUAGCAUAUGUGCUGCCUGCACCCGAUCUGGGAUUUCCUUCUAGUGAGACAAACCGUAAAAAUACUAAUUUGCAAUAAUGUUUAGCAGCGCAUUAGUCGGAUACGAUC